UGGGAUUGGGGUAAGAGUUCGCGUUUUCCCCACCUACUUGACGUUCCUGGAAUUUUCCUUUCCCAGAGGACUCUCCAUUCACUGCGACCAUCGGCAACCAUACGCCUCGGUCUACGUUCGCCGCAUAACACGUCCGCCAACCACGAAUAUCGCUCUUGAAGGCCCAUUACAUAGGGCUUCUUCUUUAUCGAGGCGGACAGUCUGUGCAUAUAUAUCCCGAAGGGCAAACAUGGACGAAGACUUGCUCCUGGACCUGGAGGAGCUGGGAGGAGAUGAGGAGGAGCUGGAUGAUCUCGAUGAUGGCAACGGCGACGACGAUGCUAUGGAGGUGACGGACGACCUUCUGCCUACAGCGGUGGCGGGUGAUGACGUUCGAGCAGUUGCAAAGCUUAGCGACUCGAAGCAGUUCAAAGACGCCAUGCAGAAAAUCGAUCAGUUCAUGAACAACCCACGGCCGCCAGAACGGUCGGCGGGGCAUACGGAAGACGAUCCGGAGUACAAACUGAUUGUUCAAGUGAACAACCUGACGCAGGAUAUUGACACCGAAAUGUUGAUUGUGCACAAGUACAUCAGGGACCAUUAUGCGUCAAGGUUUCCGGAGCUGGAAUCGCUUGUGCCCAACGCUUUCGCAUAUGCUCGCACGGUGAAGCUGAUAGGAAACGAGCUGGAUUUAACACAAAUAGGAGACCUGAAGUCGAUCCUGCCGCAGGCGACUGUCAUGGUCGUCACUGUUACCGCAACGACAACAAAUGGUCAGCCGUUGAGCGAAGAUGCCCUACAAAGGGUCCUACGUGCCUGUGAUACCCUUCUGGCUCUCGACGCCGCAAAGCAAAGGAUUCUGGAAUAUGUCGAAUCGCGCAUGUCGUUCAUCGCUCCAAAUCUCUCUGCUCUCAUCGGCAGUAACAUUGCUGCGAAGCUGAUGGGGCUUUCAGGAGGACUGAAGCAUCUUAGCGCCAUUCCGGCUUCUAACAUCAUCGUGCUGGGGAAACAGAUGAAAAUGAAUACAGGAAUGUCGUCCGUGACGCAGCAGAAGCAUCAGGGAAUCGUAUACACGACAGACUUGGUCGCAAAUGCACCGCAGGAGUUCCGACGCCAGGCUGCUAGAAUCUUGUCUGCCAAAUUAGUGUUGAUGGCGCGAGUAGAUCAGGCGGGAGCAUGCGCAGAUGGCUCCAUGGGGCGCGACAUGCGUGACGAAGUGCAAAAGAAGAUAGAAGUCGUGUCUCAACCACCACCCGGCAAGAACAUCAAAGCACUGCCGAUCCCAGAUGAAGGGCCCAAGAAGCGCCGAGCAGGAAAGAGGUUCAGGAAGGCGAAAGAUCGUAUGGCGCAGACUGAGCUUUCCAAAGCGGCCAAUCGCAUGCAGUUUGGAGUUGCGGAGGAUGAGGUCGGCUUUUCGACUGGGAUGACGAAGGGGUUGGGAGUCAUUGGGCAGCAAACUGGAAAAAUCAGGGCCAUGCAGGCCGAUGCUCGGGUCAAAGUUGGAGUCGCGAAGAAGCAUCAAACGCAGUUGGGCAGGAUAUCUGGCGGCGCGACAUCCGGCUUCUCCUCCUCGGUCGCUUUUACGCCGGUCAAAGGAAUUGAACUGGAGAAUCCCGAAUUGGCCGCACAACGCAUGGCGGCAACUAAAAACGACAAGUAUUUUGGAAGUUCUACCUUUGCAAGCGUGCUCAGUAAAAAGCGGUCGUUGGAAGAGGCAGUCGAAGCGGCGAAUAAGAAGGCAAAGCCGUCAUGAUCUCAAGGAGUAUAGAACGCGUACAGCGGGAUGGCGGUCAUC